UUUAUUUCUAAUGCAAUAAGAUAAUUAACUUCAAGAAGCACAAAUUUUAGAAGAUAUUAUUAUAGAUGACUUUUAAAAAGUGAUUACAUCACUAACUGAUGCCUAAGUUGCCAUGAAUUAUUUUGAAGAUGAUCCUGAAAAUCCUAAAAUAUUAGUAUUUUUAAAUUAGGUGAUCCAAUCUCUUAAUCAAUCCAAAUCAAGUUAUUAAACAAUCAAUACUAAAUAUUCAAAUUUAACUAAUAAAAUCAAAUUGAUUAAACAACAUGUUAAAGAAUUAUGUUCAGAAAUUAAAAUUUAAAUCAAAUUCAAUACAAUUAUUGAUGAAUAUCUCUCAUUCUUUACAAAUAAAAUAAUGGAUCAAUAAAUUGUCUUUGAAGAUAAAAAAUAAUUUAAUGUAUCCUAAAAAGAGUCAACAAAUGUUUAACAACUCUUAAAUAGCCUUCCAUAAGAAAAAUGGAAUCAUGAUAUAUUUAUAUCAAAAGAAUAAAUAGUCGCAAGUCUAUUGUAAAAUUUAUAUUUAUCUUAGAAAGAGAAAAGGAAAAUUAUUUAUAGAGAUGUAAAUGCUCUGGAUUAAUACCGUAAAAUCAGAACCAAAAUUAUAGGAUUAUGGUAAACCCUUGUACUUGAGAGCAAGUUAUAAAUCUGAUCUGAUUUUUUUUGGCGUAGCAGUAAUUUUAUGCAUAAUUGUUGCCUAUUUCAUGAGUUAAUGAUAAUUAUAAAUUUUAAUAAUAUAUU